AUGGAAACGAGGCGCCUGGAGGUUGGGCACAUGGAAGCCCCCAAGCCCCCUCGCCACCCAGAGCAUCUCUGUCCCCGCAAAGGGAGCGGGGAGGGCCGGCCCCUGCCCUCACCUCCCGCAGAACCCAAGCUGUGUGGGGAGACAAGAGGCCAGCGGGUGGUCUGUCCCAGCCCCCUGGCCCCCACCGACAUGUUCGUCUCCUCCCUCCCUGCCCGUCUCCAUCCUGCCACCAGCCCCAAGCGGCUUCGGUUACCAGGCACCCGGCUGGCCCAGCCUCCCUCGAGCCCUGCCAAGGCCUGGCACCGAUGCCCCCGGCAGCCCCUCUCCCUGCCAGCAAGCCCACGAGGCCCGAGGGCGCGGGCAGAUUGCUUUACCGCUGCCGGCUCAGCCCAGCUCCCCCGGGAGAAGGCCCCAUUGUUCCCCGCCCCCGUGGCCCCCGCCUGGCUCGGAGACACCGGGGCUCCGGGCUGCAAGGUCACCGGGCCGCGCAGAAUCCACCUGCAGCCGCACCAGCUUCCAGGAAACCGAAUCCCAGCGGCAGAUGACAGCCGCAGGCUGCAGGACAGAGCGCCCAUUCAGCCUCCACUGGAGCCGGCGUGGCCCGACCUGGCGGCCACCUCCCCAACCUGGGCCCUCCCACGCCUGGGCACCGGGUUCCCAGAGCCAGCACUGCCCAGACCGCCCGCCCGCCCGGGGCCACGGCCGGGGACAGAGGGCUGCGAUGUGCCCUACCCUGGGUGCCCGGGACAGGGGUCCCCUCUGAGUGAGCAGGAGAGCUGGGUCGAGCAGCAGCCUUUGGGAGGGCGAGGCAGGUGGAGGAAGCAGCCAAGAGGGCCAAGAUCUUCCAGGCCUGCAGGCUGCAGCCUCAUGGACCUCAUGGAGGCCGUGGGAGACAGGGCCCAGCCCCCCACGCAGAAGGAGACUAUUUCUCUUCCAACAGGGUCUCCUGCAGCCAAGUCUCCUGCCAGGUUGGCCAUUUGUGGGCCAGACAGGAAGAGAGGGAUGGAGCAGGCAGGGAAGCGGAGCAGCAGCCACCCCAGCUCCUCCCAAUCACCACCCCUGGCGUGGCUGCCACCACCGCCAUCACCCAUCAAAUUGGCCCUUCCUCCCCAUCUCCAUUUAGCGAACUCCUACACACUCGCCAAAGCCCAGGCCGAGGGGUCCUUCCUCCCUGAAGACGUCCUGAAGGGCCCGCCAAAUGUGGCUCAGCGCCCCAUCCCCACGGACCAGCUGUACUGCAGUCCCUCGGGAGCCCCCUGGGGUUCCACCCCAGCCCACCCCCACUCCGAGUACUACCCUGCCCCAUUUACGCAGCAAAAACGCAAGGCCCAGAUGGGCCGCGAGUGUGCGCUUCAUGCAGAUGAGCGUGGCCUGGCCGCUGCCGGGCCUGCGGGCCGCCGCCCUCGGACCCGGAGCCGGCAGGGUCGGGGGAGGGGCCGGCGGGGAGGGGGCGAGGAGGGAAGGGGAGGGGGGCCGUCCCCCCACCAGCGCGCCGCCGGGCACGAGCGGGCACCCAGCGGGCCGGACGCGCGGCGUGGGGGCGGGGAAGGGGCGGCCGGGCUGGAAGCGGGGGGUGGCCAGGGGACCCCUGCCCAGGCCGGGCCCUCGCACCCCGACGCCAGGGCCCCGCCCCAGGACGGCACUCGGGGCGGCCAGCCAGAAACAGAUGCCCGGGCCGGGCUGGACAGAGAAAUGGGGCAGGCCACGGGGGGCACAACCUCUGGGGGUCAGCCAGCUUCCUGCGCGCUCUAUCUCCAGCCCCAGCAGGAGCCGAGCUGCCCUCACAGGCCUCCGCCCCCACGAGGGGAGGAAGAUCCCUCAGGUCCCCGGCUCCCUGCACCCACAGCUCUGCGCAGAGGGGGCUCAGACCAGACCGCACAGCGGUGCAGGGAUCCCUCCGGGCUUCCAGGACAGUCCCCAGGCACCUCCCUCACCCGGUCCUCAGGGGAGCCCUCGGCCACCUUCACCUGUGGGUGCGCAGCAGCCGGCACAGAACCGGGCUCAGUGGGGGACAUCACGGGGGCUCCAGCUGACAGCCAGGCCUGGGCCAGAGGGCUCAGCCGACCCCUGACGCCCGACCUGCCAGCCCAGGAUCUGUGCCAACACAGUGACAGGCUGUGGGCAGGGGGUGGCUCACGCAAACAGAGUUGUGAUUGUUCCCCGUUGCGGGACAUUCCGCGCCUGAAUGAGCGGGGGCCGCUGUGUCGACGCGGAUUUGCCAUAUGGUUGCGCGGCGCCGGGAAGAAUGGGCCCCUGUGUGUGCGCCCGGGACGCGGCGGCGCGGGCCGUGCCAGCCGGGCGGAGCCGGGUGCCCGACGGCGCGUGAGGAGCGGGCGCCACGGCCGCGGGCGCACGUCAGGGCGCGGGAUGCCCUCGGGCCGGGCGCGCGGGCCGGGCGCCGGGACAGACGCCGGGAGCGCCGGGCCGGCUCCCCGCCGCCUGGAGCGCGGAGGACGCGCGGACGGACGCACUGGCGACCAAAGCACGACGGACGGACGGCCCGCGCCGCCCCGGGGCCCUCGCGCCCGUGCAGGCCGCGGGCCGCGGCGGGGGCCGGCACUGCGGCUGCAGCAGCCCCAUUCUGCCUUCCCGCCCCUCCCCGCGGACCGGCGAGCCCAGCGCGGCCGCGGCCCCGAGAGGGAGCCUCCCGCCCGCCGACGCCGCGCACGCGGCCGCGGGGCACCGCCGCGGGCGCCCUCCGGCCCCGCGCAGCUCCCGCGGGGACCCGCCGCGGCCUCCCCUCUGGAGAGGCCUGCGCCCAGGGCCGCUGUCCCCUCGGGCAGCCAGCCUGCAGGCUGCCCCUCCCCCACCGUGGGCGAGAAGAGGCCAGAACACAUCUGGGGUCCUGCAACCCCACCCUGGGGGGACACCGGGGCCCACGAAGCGGAGGACUUUGGAGCCGUUGGGGUCCACCUUGGGCGGGGCCUGAAGAAUUUCAGGCUCAGGUUCGCCCUCUCCGGGCCUGCGACCGGCCCAGUCCCCGCAGGUGCCCACCUGAGUCCCAUUGGGGCUCGGCCCAGGGCAGCUGGGGUGUGGGUGGUCUCCUUGGAGCCGGGGACACAGUGA